AUGGAUCGCCUGGUUCUUUCCCACUUGAUCCCCUGGAACGUCGCCCAGGGAAGGAUCCCCCGAGGGCCCGCGGAGCGGAGGGCUCCAGACCGCGAGACGGCGACGGGGCUGCUCUCCCUCCUCCGGGCGCUUCUUUUACUCCUCCUGCGCAGCGGCUGCUCCGAUGGACACACACACUCUCUGCUUUAUCUCUACACCGCCCUGUCAGAACCCGUUGGGGACUUGCCCCAGUUCACAGCUCUGGGAUAUGCAGACGGCUUCCUUGCUGGUUCCUACGACAGCCUCACCGAGCGGGCCGUGUCUCAAACCCCUUGGAUGAAGAAGAUUGAGGAAGAGAACCCCCACUUCUGGGACUGGAUGACCAAGAGAGCCUUCCAUUCUGGGCAGCGGUUCAGGAAAGACCUGGAGGAUCUCCUGCGGCAGAAUAACCAGAGCCAGGAGCUUACACAAGUGUGUGGCGAUGGAUCGCUAAUUUUGCUUUCUUUUAUAGAACUUCACGUCUGGCAGCGGCUGUAUGGCUGUGAGCUGGCGGAAGAUGGGAGUGAAAGAGGCUAUGAUCACUAUGCUUACGAUGGGAAGGACUUCCUCAGCUUCAACAAGGCCACCCUCAACUGGACGGCAGUCAAUGCUGAGGCUGAAAUGACCAAGAAGAAAUGGGAUGCCGAGUUGGACAGGGGCUGGCGCAAGAAGAUGUACCUGGAAAGGGAGUGCUUUGCAUGGCUGAAGAAAUGUCUGGAGUACGGCACAGAAGCUGGAGCAAGGAAGAGAGCAGAGCCCCCAGUGGUGACGAUCAGAAACAAGACUGAGGCUGAUGGCAUGGAAAUACUUCUCUGCCAAGCCCACGGCUUCUAUCCCAGGGAGAUCGAUGCCUCCUGGAGGAGGGACGGAGAGGUCUGGCUGGAAGACACCCUCCAGGAGUCCGUGGCUCCCAACUCAGAUGGAACCUACCACUACCAGCUCAGCGUCCGGAUCGAUCCCAAAGAGAGGGGCCACUACCGGUGCCACGUGGAGCAUGAUGGCCUGCAGGAACCUUUGGACGUAGCCAUGGAAGAGCCUGCUUCAACCACUGUGUAUUUCAGAAUGGGAGGAAUGGGGAUUUCUGUCCUCCUGCUGGUGGCAUUAUCUGGAUAUCUUG